UCGGAGUUAUAUGUGUGUGCGCUGGCUUUACUUUUGUUUAUGGCCCAAUUUAGCCAACGAUGUGGAACAUGAUGUCCAUUCUCUAGUUGUCGUAGUGCAACCACGCCACCGGACUUCCGCCGCCGGUGCCUGCAUGUGCUUGACCGCCUGGAACCGCCGAGACGAGCCCAGGUAACCAUAGAGUCGAGCUGAUAAACCCUUCUACCGAAGCGAGGACUGCUCGCACAGAGAUGUGCGCGAAAGAUCUAACUCUACGCACAUCAUAACCGGAAAGAGCCACAUAUAACAAGACUACAGUUGCGAAUAUGCUUCGUUCCGUCUCACUAUUGUUACUAUCGCUAGCUGGGGCAGCCAACGGGUCAGCAUCCACUCCACUAAACAUCACGGCACUCUCCUCUCGGGGAGGGUACUCGGUGCUGGAAUGCUGGCAGUUGGAGGCCCUGCCGGUUGAGGCAAUGUCGGCCAUGAACUACAACCUAGGCGACACCGUCAAGGCGACGUGGUCCAUCAUCCAGCCGCGGACGACGGUGGGCGAGGCAUGGGCGCCGACAGUGCAGCUCUCGGUGAUCCUCAACGGCAUGAUCCGCAUAACCUCGCCGGCCCCCGCGCCGGUCGGGUCCACGCCGGCCCCCUCGGUCGGCGGCGGGUCGGCGGCCACGGGCCCGCCGGAGCAGGCGGUCGCCUACGUGGUGCCGGGCACGCUCGCGUCCUCGGUCGUCAUCGCGGCCGACCUCAAGUCGAUCAGCACGCUCCGGGGCCACUUCACAGAGUUCCCGAGCGACGAGCCGACGGUGCUGGUGCAGGUCCCGUUCGAGGGCGACGUCCCGCCGCCGCACUCGGUGCUGCACGACGGGGCGUGUCGGCCGCCGGCUGCGUGAGUGGGAGGAGGGAGAAGGGAGGGAGGGGG